CACAGAUUGGAAGGCUCAUGCCAGUCAAAGUUUCGAAUGUUAUUCAAGCACGUGUUUAUCGUAUUUGUACUUUCAUUCUUAUCGCGUAUAUAAAUAUAGUAUUCAUAAAACUUAAAAAUGACGCUUAAAUCCAUAGAAGAGAAACAAGAUUAUAUGAAUAAUUUAAAAGAUGGACUCAUUGAUUUUGUCGCUGGUUCACUCGGUGGAAUAGCAUUAGUAUAUGUCGGUCAACCAUUGGAUACAGUGAAAGUAAAAAUGCAAACAUUUCCAUCGAUAUAUAAAGGAAUGAUUAAUUGCUUUGUAAAAACAGUAAAAACAGACGGAAUAAUAAGAGGUUUAUAUGCAGGAACUAUGCCUGCUGUUGUAGCUAAUGUAGCUGAAAAUUCAGUAUUAUUCACUGCUUAUGGUGGAUGUCAGAAAGUUGUUUCUAAGAUAUUAGGUAAAGAGAAAGUCGAGGAUCUUAGUUCACUAGGCAAUGCAUGUGCUGGAUUUUUUGCCGCGUUCUUUUCUUCGUUAACAUUAUGCCCAACGGAACUUAUAAAGUGUAAAUUACAAGCAAUGCAUGAAGUGCAAAGUCAAAUGGAUAUAGCAAACAAAGUUAUGACACGAAUAGGACCAUGGGAGUUGACAAGAAAUAUUCUUAGAGAACAAGGUAUAAGAGGUUUAUUUGUGGGGCUAACAUCGACUAUAGUCAGAGAGAUGCCAGGUUAUUUUUUCUUUUUUGGUGGAUAUGAAGUUACAAGAGAACUCUUAGCAAAACCAAAUCAAAAGAGAGAUGAUAUUGGUUGGCAGAAAACAAUGGUAGCUGGUGCUGUUGGUGGUACGGUUCUCUGGCUUGUAAUUUUUCCAGCAGACGUAGUUAAAAGUAGAAUACAAGUACAAAAUCUAAAAACACCUGCCUUAGUAGUCAUGAAAGAUAUUAUAAAACAGGAAGGAAUUGGGGCAUUGUAUAAUGGUCUAAAACCGACUUUAAUAAGAACAAUACCAGCGACUGCAAUGUUAUUUAUAACUUAUGAAUAUACUAAAAAGCUAAUACACAGAUUUGUUAAUAAUUAACUUUCUUUUAUAUCA